CGAAUUCGUCUCCGGUCUGCUUCUUUGUUUCUGAUGAAGUCUGAACUCUGAACUUCCCUCCUGCUCUUCCGUCUCCCGCCCUCGCCGUGGUUCUCCGCUGUACGUCACCGUCGUGCUCCUCAGUCUGGCACCCUCGUGCACUGUUGCUUAGUUCUUGGCUCUCCAUCCCGCUCACUCUCCAUUCUGGUAUCCAGUUACUGGCUGUCAAUGUCAAGGGUUUCUGAAUCCGGUCUUGCUGUAUGAUUGAGAGCUGCCAAUCGCUUUCAACCUUAGUUUACGGUUAUAGCUUUAUUCGUUGGCUUUACCUUUUGCUGAAACAGGAUCAGGAAUUGUUCUUGUCAUCAUUCAGUUCAAUUGAUUAUUCUUGUUUCACACAAUGUUGGAGAAGAGCAAGUUUGACGUGCAUUUGAAAUUGUGGGCGCUUCGACUACCUUGCCAACUGUGCAAGGUUGCCACUCGAAUACUCAACGGUUACUUGCUUGACAAGCCCCGAGUUAAACCUAUCACGGAGGAUCCAACAUGUGAGAAAAAUCGCUACCUUAUAUUAUCCGAGAGUGUUCAAAAUCAAGAUUUAUCUGAUAUCCCCGAGAAGAAGCUUGAGGAGCUAAAGGGGUUGUGUGAGAUUGAAGUUUUGCCCUAUACAUUGACGCUGGGGUAUUCAUACUGGACUGCUGAUCAUGUGCUGAAGCAGAUACUGCCUCCUGGAGUGGAGGUGCCUUCAUCUUUUGAAACAAUAGGUCACAUCGCUCACUUAAACUUACAUGAUGGAUUACUCCAGUACAAGGAUGUUAUUGCCAAUGUUCUAUAUGAUAAAAAUUAUCCAAGAAUCAAAACUGUUGUUAAUAAAGUUGGAACCAUCACCAAUGAAUUUCGUGUGCCCAAGUUUGAAGUUUUAGCAGGAGAACAUGAUAUGAUUACAGAAGUGAAGCAAUAUGGAGCCACUUUCAGGCUAGAUUAUAGUCUGGUUUAUUGGAAUUCAAGGUUGGAACAUGAACAUAGAAGGUUGGUUUCUCAGUUCCAAGCAGGGGAGAUCAUUUGUGAUAUGUUCGCUGGAAUAGGUCCUUUUGCUAUUCCUGCAGCACAGAAAGGAUGCAUAGUGUAUGCAAAUGACUUAAAUCCAGAUAGCGUCCAUUAUCUGAAGAUAAAUGCAAAAAUCAACAAGGUUGAUGAUCGCAUUCGUGCAUACAAUAUGGAUGCAAAGAACUUCAUCUCCCAUUUGAUGGAAGUCCCAGAGACUGAGAUUAGAAUAGAAUCUAAUGUCCCCAUAGCAAAGACUUGUGAAACAUGCGAGAUACAUGACAUCUCUGAAUCACAUUUGGGAAAUGAGAGGUUAACUGUUGAGACAAAAGAUCUUGGAGAUAGUAUUAACACUAGUGUGGAGGAUGCUCACGGUUCAGCUAGAAAUGGUACCACAUCUGUUGCUGCUGGUAAAAGAUCUUCUGAUAGUUUUCAAGAAGGUAUCACUGAAGAUGGUAACAGAAAAGGAAGCACAAACAAGAGAGUUAAAGGCUCUGACAUUUCUGACACCAAAACAUGGGAACAUACUGACCAUGUAAUAAUGAAUCUACCCGCAUCAGCUAUUCAGUUUCUAGAUGCAUUCAGGGGAUUAAUCCAGAGGAAAUAUUGGCAGGGACAUCUACCAUGGAUUCAUUGCUAUUGUUUCAUUCGGGCAACUGAAACUCCUGAAUCUAUACUAGCUGAGGCAGAGUCUGCUAUAAAUGCUCAGAUACAAGACCCAAGAUUUCAUCGGGUCAGGGAUGUGGCUCCAAACAAGGCAAUGUAUUGUUUAAGCUUCAGGAUGCCAGAAGCAUGCUGCAGGGAAGAUGUUUGCUGACAUUAUGGUUAGCUUUCCAGUUGAAUAGCCCUUUUCUCUCUUCAGUGUUCAACUGAGCCAAUGCUCGUUCAUGCGCGGGAAUAUGACAGUCCUAUCUGACUCAGAUCUAUAUAUUUCAAGGCUUAGAGAAUUAGAAGUUUGACCUAGGUAUCCUUUUCUUGAUUCAUUUUUCUUGAGAAGUGUCGUAUUCUGGAUUGUUAGUACAUUUUUAACGCUUCUGAAAUGUUUAGCUCCCCUACUUCUGCUUCUUCUAGAAGAGAAACAUGCCUAUUGUGGUUUGUUCUUUCAUGCUCAGACUACAUGGAAUUACGUUAGCAUCGUGUUUUACAUUUUUGAAAACAGACUUUGUCUGUAUCAUUACAUUAGCAUUUCAGCACUUUAUUUUGAA